CCACCAUGGAGGACGCUGAAUCUGAGAGCAUCUAUAUGAACAUCGAAGAUACUGAGAAGAGUGCCAGUCAGACUAAAGUCAAUGACGGUGACUACCUGAACACUUCAGCACAGAAACCAGGUUCUCAGGCUGUUUCUGAGGGGAGGCAGGUGCACUCUGGUAGGCCAGCUGCAGUGUGUCUGGGGCUGCUGUGUGUCCUCCUGCUGGCUGUUAUUAUGGGUCUGAGUACAAAACAUAAUGCAGAGAAAGAGCAGUUGAGAAACAGUUAUGCCAACAUGACUAUGGAGAGAGACCAGUUACAGAACAGUUAUGUCAAUAUAACUAAAAAGAAAGACCAGUUAUGGAGCACUUAUAAUGACUUAUCUAAACAGAGAGACCAGUUACAGAACAGAUUUGACAGUAUAUCAAAGGAGAGAGACCAGUUAUUGGACACUAACAACAGGCUGGCUAUAGAGAGAAGCAAGCUACAGACCAGCUAUGAAGUCCUGUCCAAGGAAAGAGAUGCACUUCAGAGGCAGCUCACAGAGAAGGCUUGUCCAGCUGGAUGGACAAAGUUCAUGUCCAGCUGUUACUACGUUUCCUUCUAUGAGCGAACCUGGGAUCAAAGCAGGCAAGACUGCAGAAUGAAAGGAGCAGACCUGGUGAUCAUCAACAGCAGAGAGGAACAGAUAUUUGUUUCUGGACUUGGAAAGACUUUGUGGAUUGGUCUGACUGACCAGGCCAUAGAGGGGCACUGGAAAUGGGUGGAUGGCACGUCGCCAGGAACUGGGUAUUGGUUGCCUGGUGAGCCGAAUAACGCUCACUAUCAAGGUGAGAACUGCGCUGAGGUAGUUCAUCGUGUUGGCUCCAGUGACACACUAUCCAGCUGGAACGAUAUGUUGCAAGAUGUUACAAGUUCUCUGUGCCUCAAAACCACACCUAGGUCUGCUAGCCUAUACAGAGAGAGAAUGGCAGAGGAAAUCUGUGAUGAUGAGAGCAGCUUUGAACUGGGUGAGAUGGACAGAGAAGAGUUGACAGUGGUCAUUUAUGCAACUGCAGAUGGUGUUAGAGCUCAGGAUGUCAGCACAAAGGGAGAGACCUGGAUGAAGCAGACAGAUGUGAAUGUGAAGGAUGAGAAUGUAGAGAGAGAAACUCUCUUAUCCAGUAUCCGAAAACUGACUGAAGAAAAAGACCAACUAAACAAAACCUUGACUAAGGAAAUCCUCACAAUGCAGACCAAAUAUGAUGAUUUGUUGAAACAGCUGGAGAAGCUCCAUUUAAAAGGUUGGAGGAGGUUUGGAAGCAGCUAUUACUACUUCUCUACUGAGAAGAGCUGGAGUGCAGCCAGGCAGGACUGCAUAGAGAGAGGAGCAGAUCUGGUGAUCAUAAACAGCACAGAGGAACAGGAGUUCAUUAAAAUGGCAAACAAAAAUGCCUGGAUUGGUUUAACUGAUGCACAAACAGAGGGACAAUGGAAGUGGGUGGACGGGUCACCACUAACAGCUGCAUUCUGGAGAGAUGGUGAACCCAAUGAAGCUCAAGGAGGGGAAGACUGUUCCCUCUUCCACCCCAGUAGUCCUACUCUGCAGACAUGGAAUGAUGCACCCUGCUCUAUUGAAUCAGGCUGGAUCUGUGAAUCUACACUGCCACCUAAAGGCUUCAGUAGUUAAAGCCAUUU